AUGGCACCCGCGGGGCGGCGGGACGCGAGCAGCGGCUCCGGGCUCGGCUCGGCGGCGGCCCCGGCCCUGUACCCCCCGGUACGGCACGAGGCGGCACGGCCCCGGCCCUGUACCCCCCCCGGGACGGCAGGAGGCGGCACGGCGGCGGCCCCGGCGCCGGGCCUGGGCUGUGCCCUCAGCGCGGCCGGGGCCUGUGUGGCGCGGCGCUGCCCAGCCGAGCGCUGCAGCCGCGACAAGAAGGAAAAGACCCCUGAGCUAUCCUCAGUAAUUGCAGAGGAGCCUGAGCCCCUUUCACGUGUCAUGCAAAGAGAUGACAUCCAGGCUCUUGCAAUCAAGGUGGAGGACCUGGAGAAACUCCAUCUUCCCCGCCCGCCCUGUGACACUGGGACAGCUGCAGUUAGGAGGAAAUACCGCCCUAGAAAAUACCAACCCAAGGAGACAAAGAAGGCAAAACAUCUCCUGGUAGCACAUCCUGCUUCCCCAAAUGCACCCAGGGAACCACUGACUGUUUCUGGACCAGGGUUGUUUGAUGAUGGAUGUAAAGAGAUUCUCCCUCAUCACAUUUUGGGAAGUCUGCAGGAGUUCAAAAUGGAAGCCUUGGCCAGAGGAAACACUCAGUUAGCAGAUCGUAUUGAGGUUCCAGAUGUUACACCUUUCAAAGAGGAACUUGGAGGAGAGAAGAAGAAAAAGGUUCAUCAGACCCCAGCAGCAGAGCACAAAGCUCUCCAGAACUGGCACCAUAAUAUGGCCAUGAGGAAAAGGCAGGAGAAAUACCUAGGAGAAGUUCUCCAGAGGCCAGAGAAUGAAUUGCUGAUGAGCAUCUCAGAGGAUUACAGGCAAAUCCAGGAAGAACGUGAGCUCAUUGACCGGAGUCUCCCUGCCCUGCUUCCUGGAAAGGGCUACCGAAGAGGAAGCGAGUUCUGGGCGCAGCCAGAGCGUAUUGGAGAUGAACUCACAGGCCUGACGCUGACGCUGACUCAGAGAGAACAGGGCUACCCAGAGCCAGUCACUCAUGUGGGGAAACCCCACACUGUGCAGAUGGAAACGAGUCUGAAGCCUCCAAAGAGGAUCCCUGCCCAUCAGACCUGGGAUAAGAGUCUUUUCCUGAAGCAUCGACAGCAGCAGCUCAAAUCUGUCCUAGAGGAACUCGAUUUUUAUAAGCCGGACCUGGAUGGGCUGGAGGUGAUUGGUAAAGGGCAGCCUUUCCCAUCUGUCUCAGCAGAGCCUUUGCCACAUUCCACCACUUCCCAAGAGUCUGAGAACCUUGACUCCAGUGGGCUUCCAGAAGCAGUACUGGGUCCAUCUUUAAAUUUCUGUGGCCAGCCUGCUCGUUGGAUCAACUGCACCACUUCUUGCAGGGAUGAAGUUGGCAUCGCUGCCCGGCUCACCUUCGAGGCUUUGGCUGCUGAGAAAGCUGAAAGCUCCCUGACAGUGAGCAAUGAUGGCACAACUGCCAUCUGGUACAACUGGCUGAGGCUUCCCCAGCAGAUUCCUUCCAGAGAAACCCAUAGGAAGAGGAUGCAGUGUUUUUACUUUGAUACCAGGCCAGGUGUGAUUUUGCCUGGGGAAACUAGGAAGUUUUCCUUUAUUUUCAAGUCAGAGAGAGCAGGCAUUUUCAGUGAGUCCUGGGAAUUUAGGCCACAUCCUGUGUUAUUAGGAGGAGCUCUGCUGCAGGUCACCCUUUGGGGAAUUGCUGUGUAUGAAGAUAAAUGGGCUGACCUCAGAGAGAAACUGGAGCAUGACCUGGCUGCUCGAGAAGGUGCUGCGAUAGUGAAGGAGAGUCUGCAGGACCUUCUUGCCAGGAUCCGGACCCCGGAGCGCAGCCCAUCUCCUGCCUGUGUCACAGAGGAAGAGCUGUUCCACCAGAAGAACCCCAAGUUGCAUUAUCAGCAUGGAGUGGUACAGCAGCUGCAUGAACUGUGGAGACAGCAGGUGACUGUUCCUUCAACCUUGGAGGAGAAAGUGCUCUGGGGCCAGAAGAGCAGAGCAGAGGACAUGCAGCACUGGGAGAGGACCUCAGCAGCUGCCCCUGCUCAGAGCAGCACCCCAGAGCCCCCAGCCUGGAGGGACACACUCAAGGAGGCUCCGGGGAACAUGGAGCAGGAAAAAACAGGCUCCUCAGGAUGGAACCUCUCCAUCGAGGACUUUAAGCAGGCUAUAAUGUCAAUCCCUGAGGAGGAGCAGAGAGAGGCAGCGCUGGCCCAGCUCAAUGAAGCAGUGCUGGAGCUGAGUGUUGAACAGAGACCAACUCAGUCAGACCUUCUGUAUCAAACCUGUCUCCAGCUGUGGCGUGAGACAAUUGAUGGUCUAGUGAGUCACUCUCUGAGGCUGAGAGCCCUGCUUGGCUUGCCUGAGAAGGACACCUCUACCUCUGCAGAUGUUGUUCCAGAGGAAACAGUGGAAAUCAAACAACCUGUAAAAGGAGGCAAAGAGGACAGAGUGGCCACCAGGAAAGAAGAGAGAAGGUCAUUGGGUGGUAAGGAUAAAGAAGGCAAAAAAAGAACAAAGCCAGCAGGGAAGGAGAAGGAGGAAAGUUCAAGCAGCAUAAAGUUAAAAGAUGAGAAAAAGCUGAAAUCUUCCACUUCAUGGCUGGAGGUGAAGGAGGGAGCACAGCCCCUGGGAGCUGUAAGUCCAGACACUGUAGGACCUUCUCAGGAGCAGAUGGACACUGUUCUGUUUCAGAAAUACCAGGAAAAGCUUUAUAUUCAAGUUUACGGGCUGCUGGGCUCCAUGGUGAGCAGAAUGGUUGCUUUGUUUGAGGACCUAAAGAGAAAAAAGGUUGCUCUAGAGUGA